AAUUGCUUGACGCGGAAAAUGCGACUCCUGAGCUCCGUAUCGCGCAUUUUUGGAGUUGUAAAUAGGAAGUCAUCUUCAACCACUAUAAAAACAGUUGCACUUAUACCUGGUGAUGGUAUAGGUCCAGAAAUAUCGGCAGCUGUUCAGGAAAUUUUCAAAUUUGCUGAUGUUCCUAUUAAAUGGGAUUCAGUGGAUGUAACACCUCGACCUACAGAAGACGGUCGCUUUCGUAUGCCACAGUCUUCACUAGAUAUUAUACGCAAGCAUGGAAUUGGGUUAAAAGGUCCAUUAGCUACUCCAAUUGGGAAGGGUCACCAAUCUUUAAAUUUAGCAUUACGAAAAGAGUUCAAUCUUUAUGCCAAUGUUCGACCAUGUAAAUCUAUUGAAGGCUAUGAAACUCCUUAUAAAAAUGUUGAUUUGGUUACAGUUAGAGAGAAUACUGAAGGUGAAUAUUCUGGUAUAGAACAUGUGAUUGUGGAUGGUGUUGUACAAAGUAUUAAAUUGAUCACUGAAGAAGCAAGUCGACGUGUUGCUAGAUAUGCAUUUCAAUAUGCAAAAGAUAAUGGUCGACGUAGUGUAACAGCUGUGCAUAAAGCUAAUAUUAUGAGAAUGUCAGAUGGUCUAUUCCUUCGAGUAUGCCGUGAAGAAGCUGCACACCAUAGGGAGAUUGAAUUUUGUGAUAUGUUUUUGGAUACUGUCUGCUUAAAUCUUGUUCAAGAUCCAACUCGUUUCGAUGUAUUAGUUAUGCCAAAUUUGUAUGGUGAUAUAUUGAGUGAUUUAGCCGCUGGUUUAAUUGGUGGUCUAGGUGUUACACCAAGCGGUAACAUUGGUGAAACUGGAGCUAUAUUUGAAUCAGUACAUGGUACCGCUCCUGAUAUUGCUGGUCAAGAUCGUGCCAAUCCAACUGCUCUACUCUUUUCAGCCAUUAUGAUGCUUCGUUAUAUGAAUUUAAAUAAGUACGCAGAUUUGAUUGAAUCUGCUGUAUUGGCUACAAUUCGUGAAGCGAAAUAUCUUACGGCGGAUCUUGGCGGUCGUUCAACUUGUUCUCAAUAUACUAAAGAAAUAUGUCGUAAAAUUGAAGAGAAAGCUUCAAAUCGAUAAGAAUAAUGUAAAAUUGUUUAGUUUCUUCUUUUUGUUUUCUUUGUCAUUCUGUUUAUCUAUCAUAUUUAAUUUAAUGAAAACAUAGAAACAAAAAAAACGAGGGGGGGAGAGGCAAAAGAAGUAAUAAAACAAUAUUUAAUUAUUGAAAUUUUGUAUAGUUUUAAUUUAUGUUAUCUAUUUGGUGAUGAUGAUAUACAUUAGUUUUAUCCUUCUGUCUUGUACGCAGUGAAAACAAAAAAGUACACUAUUUCUAUUAGUGUAGAUUCAUAUAUGUGGAUCAGUUCAUACAUACAUACAUAUAUACACACACACAUACUGUGUAUCUUCUUUCACCUUUUCUUUUUCGCCGACGUUUUGCUUAGAACAGUUAAUUACCUAUAUGUGGAUUUGCAUGAAAUGUUUAAUUUUUAUAGAAUUGCAAAAUUAAAAUAUGAAUCACAUGCAUAUUAUCUUUAUUUGUUGAAAGAGGUUAGGAUAAACGGG